AUGUGUGAUGUGUUAUUAGGGGGUCGACCAUCAAUGAAUGAUAUUGAAGGAUCAGAAAUUAAAUUAAAGUGGCUUACAGAACAUCUUGGUUGGCUUCCUGUUAAUUCUGACAUUAGAAGAGCACAACAUGCACGUGGAUAUAUACUUAGUCUGUUGGGACAUGUCUUAAUGCCAAAUAAAAACAAUUCAGUGGUACAUACAAAAUUUCUACAGUUACUAGCACAGGUAAAUGAAAUUGGGAAUUAUAGUGGGGGUUCUGCAUGCCUUUCAUUUCUUUAUAGAGGUUUGGAUCGUGGUUCACGACAUGAUGCUAGAGAAAUUUGUGGGUGUAUAAUAUUGCUGCAAGUAUGGGCAUGGCAUCGACUACCGUGGUUGGCUCCAAUCCCUGGUGAACUAAUAGUAUUUCCACUUGUUCUCAGAUGGAGAAAAAUACGAUAUCCAGCAAACUCACCAUUUAAGAAUAUUGGCAGUAUUAGAUUGGCUUUGGAUCGAAUGGGUGUUCAUGAGUUUCUAUGGCGACCAUAUGAGGAUGAUGAUAUUGAUGCAUUAAUUCCAGAUAAUGUGAGAAGAGAACGUUUUGUAUAG